AAUUUGACUAAUCAAAAGACAGAUACAAAAGAUUAUUGUCGUCGUCUGCUAUAGCAGACAACUUGUCACUCUAACCUCAAAAUAUUUAUUUGCCGUAAGUGCGAUGAGCAAAUAAUCUAUAAACAAAAUCUUUUGCCUUCGAUCUGAUGUCAUAGUUUUUUUAAGGAUGGUCAUUUAGAUGUUACGUGUGGACGUAUUCGUCACAAUUUGUAUGUUUAUUUAAACACAUAAUACAUUAAAAAUGUAAAAAAAUCUAUGGUGAUGAAAAAUAUGUGUGUUUUUUAUAAAUGCAAGAAGCAAGUGUGAAUAAUGACAGUUAUUUAACAUUUAGUAUUUAAAAAGAAUACUUAUUGUAUUAUUUUGUGUAGUUUUCAAAUUUUGAAAAUCAAAUCAAGAUGGUUUUUGAAUCAAUUGUGGCCGAACUUUUAAAUAAAGUUCUAGGAGAGUAUAUCCAAAAUUUGGAUUGUACACAAUUAAAACUUAGCCUAUGGGGAGGCGAUGUAGUCUUAACGGACUUAUUAAUAAACGAAAGUGCACUUGAUAUGCUAGAUUUACCUAUAAAAUUGGAAUAUGGUCGAUUAGGCAAAUUAGUUCUUAAGAUUCCAUUCAAAGAUAUGUGGAAUGGACAAAUCGAUGCAAUCGUGGAAGAUUUGUUUAUAUUAAUUGUUCCAACAAGUCAAGUACAAUAUGAUGCCGAAAAAGAAGCGAAAGCACAACUGGAGACAAAAAGAGCUGAACUUGCAAGAGUGGAAAACAGCAAACGAUUAGCUGAACUCAAAUCUAAGGAGAAAGUUGAUGAUUCCAUGAUGGAAAAACUUAUUGCCCGAAUGAUAAAAAAUAUCCACGUGGAAAUUAAAGGAAUACACGUGCGUUAUGAAGAUCAUAUAUCGUUCAAAGAUCUCUCAUUUUCAUGUGGUAUUACACUGAAUAGAUUUGCAUUAGAGAGUUGUACAGAUUCUUGGCUAACAACUGGCAAUCUAAAAGACAUGUAUGCGAUUCAGCAAAUUUUUAAACUCUGUACCAUGGAUGCUUUUGCUGUUUAUCUAAAUCCAACUGUAAAGCUUUUCAGCAAAGAACCACGAGACACUUAUUUAAAAAUAUUUAAAGAAUCGAUAGCUACUGCUGAGAAAAUACCAGAAGGAUAUUUGUAUUUACUGGGUCCAAUAAAUGUAAAAGCAAAAUUGAAACUUAAUCCCAAACCUGAAACGGAUGGUAGUAAUUAUACGAUACCGAAAGUAUGGCUCGAUCUUGAAAUGCAAAAAUUGAGAGUUGGAUUAACGAAAAAACAAUAUCAAGCUCUUAUGCAGCUGGGCGAAGGAUUAGAUCGAGCUAAUAAAGCUGCACCCUACAGAAAAUACAGACCUAAUUUAACAUCCUAUCGUGGUCACUAUAAAGAAUGGUGGCGUUUUGCUUACAUCUGUGUAUUGGAGGAAAAUGUUCGAAGAGCUCAGAGAAAUUGGGAUUGGAAUCACAUGAAGUGCCAUCGAGAUACAUGCAGAACUUAUGCGGAUGUUUAUCAAACAAAAUUGACAUCAAAAAAAUGUCCCGAUGAUGUUGAACAUAAAAUAACAGAUUGUGAAAGAAAAUUAGAUAUUUUCAACCUCGUCAUUAUUAGACAACAAAUUCAAAUGGAGGUGGAAAAAUUGGCAGAGAAGGAAAAAAAUCUGAAGGCAAAAAAAGGUUGGUUCGGUGGUUGGCUAUGGGGAUCAGGACAAAAUGAGGAGGAAGAAGCUGGAUUAAAUUCUGCAGCAGCAAUAAUGAAAAAAUUCGAAGAAGAGAUGACAGCUCAAGAAAAAGAAAAAUUAUAUCGUGCCAUUGAUUAUCAAGAAAAUUCAGCGCCAACUCAUUAUCCCGAAACAUUUGAAAUGAUUGAUACGAAAUUUUUCCUACAUGGUCUUCAAAUUGUUAUUCUUGAUACUGAUAAGGAAUCUCCGCAGGUUUUAGAUCUACAAUUUAAUAACGUGUUGGCAACGUUUAAAUCGAGACCAUCAGCAAAUGGAAUUUCUGUCACUGCCUCGAUUGGCGAUUUAAAACUAUUGGGCGUCCAACAAGGAGGAAAAAUACCAUCGCUUUUUAAUUCAGAAGGCGGCACUUUAGACAAUAAUUUGUUUUCUGUUUCAUAUGAAAAAAAUCCAUUGGAUAAAUUAUGUGGAGAUCGAGUAAUUGUUAAAUCUGCAUCUGUUCACAUCGUAUAUGAUGCACAAACUAUUAUAGAAUUAAUCAAUUUAUUCAAAGUUCAAGAUCCAACAACAUUGAAUCAACUUCAAGCAGUCGCUGCCGAGCGAUUGGAAGGCUUGAAAGAAAUGUCUGCCUUAGGUCUUGAAUAUGCUAUUCAAAAACAUUCCGUCCUCGAUAUUCAGGUGGACCUAAAUGCGUCACAAUUAAUAAUUCCAUAUGGUGGAUUUUACAAUGGAACAGAAUCCUUAUUUGUUAUUAAUUUGGGUAGUUUAAAAAUCCAUUCUCUCGAAAAAGCAAAAAAUGAAUCUUCGCAUUUAUCUGUUAAACAAUUAGUCAGCAUGGGUAAAAGUGAAGAAGAAAUUUUGUCCCAUCUCAGAUUGUACAGCUAUGAUAAAUUUGUUCUCAAGAUUGUAAAUUUUCAGGCCCUUGUAACAAUGCCAAAUGAAGAUUGGCGAAAUGCGUUAUCUGAUGCAGUAAGUCCAAUGAAAAUUCUUCAACCAACAACUUUAGAAGUUCAAUUUCACAAGUGCCUCAUUAUGGACGAUCCCCUUUUACCGAAAAUGAGAGUCAUUGGACAAUUGCCGUCUGUGGAAAUUAAUGUCGAUGAAAAUCGAUUAAUGGAAGGUCUCGCUAUCGCACAAAGUAUUCCUUUCCCGGAAGAUGAUAAACCAGAUAUUCCCACAUCUUUGGCAAAAUCAUUGUCCCAAUUGUCAUUAUUUAAAGAUUUCUCAAAUAUUGUUAAUAAACCGGAAAAGAAGGAAAAAGAUUUUACUCCUGUUAAGCAAACGACUGAUUUAGAAGCGAAAUUUGUUAUGAAAGAGCUUACUGUAACAAUUUCAAAACAAACUGUUCAACAAACAUUACCAUUUUUGAAAUUCCAACUUUUAAAAUUGGAAGCGGAAAUGUUGCAAAGAACUUAUAAUCAAGAAAUAAUGUUGAGAUUGGGAGGAAUUCAAGUAAAACAAUAUCACGACAUUGGAGAAGUUUUCAUGAUUAAUACCCCAAUGACAACUGGAAGUGAAGAAUAUUUGAUAAUCCUUCGAUACGUACAUGUCAAUAAGCGAUCCCCAGAAUUUGUCAAAAUCCAUGGAUCAGUAUCGCAAUUAUUAGAAAUGGAGUUUACAACUUUAGAUGUUUUACUCCAUCAAGAAGUACUUAUAAACGUUUUAAAGUUUAUGACAAAUAUCCAGGAAAAAAUAAGUGCCACUACUGCAAUGAUGAAUGAAAAGAAAAUUAAGCAAAAAGUUAGUCGUACGGCUCAUUUGACAACAAUUCAAGAAGACGCUACUACCUUCUUUAAAGAACAUAUUCAAAAACAACGCGAUAGAGUUACACGACGAAAGAAAGCGCAUGUUGAGAUAAUUGAUUUCAAAGUAAAAGCUAAAAUUGGAACAAUUGGUAUUAAAAUGGCAUGUAAUAAUAGAGACAUUGCCAGUUUUUUCAUAAAAGGACUUGCUGCUGGAUAUAUUAUGAAGGCUUCGCAUUCGCAAGCAAACGUCAGUCUUUCCUCGAUUAGUAUUAUAGAUUUGAAUACUUCUUCAGUCUAUCGAAACAUCGUAUCAGUUGAAGACUCGGAAGCUCUACAAAUUCAAGCGAUAAUGAAUAAUUUAGAUGAUUGUGAAACUGAAAAGAAUAAUAUGUCUAUCACAGUCAUGAUGGGUUGUCACAGAAUAGUUUUUCUUAAUGCUUUUGUCACCAGCGUAAUGGACUUUUUGAAUAAUUUCCAAACUGCACAAGAGGCAAUAAGAGAAGCUUCUGCAGCAGCAGCUGAAGCUGCAAAAACGAAUAUUAAAGACGUUCAAGAAAGUGCUGCGCGUAUAGAAUUGGCAGUAAACAUUAAAGCUCCAGUUGUUUAUGUACCGAAAAAUUCAAGAAGCGAUCAAUGUUUAAUGUUAGAUAUGGGUAAUCUUACUAUUCGAAAUGUUUUCAAAAAAUUGGAAGUAUCCACCGAAGCAGGAUGUUAUCCAGUAAUUGAUGAAAUGAAGGUUGAAUUACAAAAUUUGAAAUUGUCAAGAAUAACGUUGGACGUCGAAUCGUUUGCUGAAGAAGAUGAGCUUCUUUUGCUUCAACCCGUGAGUUUUACAUUACUUUUGAAGCGAAAUUUAUCCACAAAUUGGUUCAAGUCAGUGCCUGAUAUCGAUAUGUCGGGUCGAAUGAAUAAGAUACAUUUGCUACUCAGUCAAGAAGAUUAUGCGAUGAUUAUGACAGUGAUGGAUGAAAAUUUAGGAGAGAAAAGUGAAGAAGCACAGUCUAAUAAAGUUGUCGCCAGAAGUGAGAGAAAAUCACAACAGAUCGAUGAUCUUCAAAAAUCUAAAGUUUUUAAAACGGAGGCAGAAAUUGUGAGCAAAGUCGAAUCAGAUGAUAUUCAAAAGUUGAAACAGGCACAUACGUCGAUUCAAUUUGAAUUUAUAAUGGACAGUUUAGUUAUAGAAUUAUUUAGUGGUGGAUCGAAGCAGGUUCAAUCUAAAAGUUCAUCGUUGCAUUUGCCACAAAAUGGAUUGGGAACAUUUGGCUUGACUUAUUUUGCCAUUAAGGGCCGUAUGUUUGAUGAUGGAUUGCUGGCAACUUCUGUGAUUCUCAUGAAUUGUACUUUAGAUGACACUAGACACAAUCGAAAAGGUGGUUUAACUAGAAUCAUGGAGAGAACUUCAGCAAUUCCCGAUAUGGGAGUUGAAAAUUAUGAGCAGGAAAAAAGUUCCGUCAGAAGCAUGUUGGAUGUUACUAUUCGAAAAGGACCUAAUGAUACUUUUGUUGAUGUUCGCGUUUUUUCAUUCAGUAUAAUAGUCUCCCUGGAUUAUUUGAUGAAAGUUAAAGAUUUUUUCGCGGAAGAUGAAACAUCUAAACAAUCACAAGCAAUUCAAGCGUCGCAAAAAGAAACAGUUGUCAAAAAGAAAGUUACACCAACACCUGGGGACAUGCCCAAACUUACGAUUAAUUUACAUGUAGAAAAACCUGAUAUAAUUCUAUUGGAGGAUAUGGAUGAUAUUGAUUCAAAUUGUAUUAUUUUAAAUAAUGAAAUCCUGUUGAAAGUUCGAUUGAUGGGCGAACAUCAAGUUAUAUCUGGAUCUAUUAAAGAUCUUUCAAUCACGACUGGAAUUUAUAAUAUUGAAAAGAGAGCAGAUUCCAUGUAUGAGGUGUUGAAACCCUGCAGUAUUAGUGUCGCUGGUUCUACACCGGAAGGCGAAGGAUUGCAUUUGGAUAUUUGUUUCACGGACAUUCACGUCUCGGUGUCACCAGGUGUCAUUGAAAUUUUAAAUAAAGUCGUUCAAACUGUGACUAAGACAGAAGAAGAAGAUAGUGAAAUAGAAAAACCAGGACCCAGUCAUGAAAGACUGUGGUUGAUAUCUCCAUAUCAAGAAAAGGAUUAUUGGUUCUUGAAAACAGAAUUUGGAAUUGAAGCAAUUGAAGAUAUGAUUUUGGCUGAUGAAGAAUAUUUGCCUGUUUAUAAACCAGAAGUGGCUAUUAUUUCGGCGCCUGUGAUUUUAUUAACAUUAGAAGCUGGUGUUGGAAAUAAAACUUUACCAAUGCUUCUCUUCCAUUUGGGUUUUCAGAGUAACAUUAAUGAUUGGAGCACUAAAACUAUGAGUUUAGAAUCUUCAAUGUCAUUAGUAAUUGCGUAUUACAACAGUCGUCUUGCACUUUGGGAACCUCUAAUUGAACCAAUUGAAGGAAUUCAAAAAGGAAAACGAAUUUCAACUCCUUGGGAAUUGAAAACGAAGAUUCAAUUCAAUGAUGUAAAUCAAGGAUCGAAAGGAGCAAGUGCAGUAACUCCAAGCACUGAAGGUGAACCCGAGGAACUGCAGCAAAUUUCUAAAAUGUCAAUUGAAGUUACAUCAACGGAAAAUUUAGAAUUGACAGUGACAAAGACGUGUUUAGAUGUAUUGAAACAACUUGGAAAUGCUUUCUCUAAUGCAAUGGCAGCAGGAGGUAAAUCUGGUAAAAGUAAAAUGGCUCCAUUUGUAUUGAAAAACGAGACUGGUUUAUCCAUGACUCUUCAUUUGGAAAAUGGAUAUUUCAAGGUAGUAGAACAGGGAAAAACGAUGGAUGUCGAUAAAUCUGAAUACAACGAAGUAAUUCUCGAGACAAGUGCUUCAAUAGAAUUGGCUCCUAAAUUUGACAAAAAAGAAGUUAAAUUACUUGAGGAACUUAGAGCCGAUCAUGUUAAACAAACAACUCAACAUAAAUUCAUUGUUUCAUUGAAAGGAAUUCAAGGUAAAUUAGAAAUACCAGUGCUCAGGGCUGAUAAAAGAUUCUUUUCAUUGAAACACAGAAAAGAAGGUUCUGAAGAAUGGGGAAUAGUUUCUGAUGUUGUUGUGGAAGAAGGUAGCACGAUUGUUACUUUGAGAAGUGUCUUACAGGUAUACAAUCAUUUUAAUGUGCCAGUUUCUGUGUAUUAUAUGACAAAACGAGGAAAUGAAGUUGAAAGAGUAGGAACUGUAAAUCCUGAUGAACGUCUGAAUCUUCCAUUGGAUGCUGUUUAUACUCCAACAAAUAUUUAUUGGCUUUUCUUUAACGUCGAAGGGUAUAUGGUUUCGAUAGAACCAUUUAUUUGGAAGGAUCUCCAGAAAACUGUUUCCAUGACAAAACUUUUAAAAUGUGAUUCUCGUUCUAAAAAAGAUACAAGUGGACCAUUUUAUAUUCAGGUAUUAUUUAUUACUUAUAAAGAUUUUUCAUUUUUUGGAAUUCAAUUUUGUGUAAUGUAUAAAAUUAUUUUAUUUCAGGUGGUUGGUGAAAUUGAACAAGUGUAUUUUGAAAAUACGACUCGUCACACGAUGGCAAGCACAAUUUACAAUGUUCAUUUAUAUCCGUCAGUGUACCUGAAAAAUUUCUUACCAAUUGAUAUUAUCGUCUGUCAACCUGGUAAUGCACAAGAAAUAAAAGUAGAAGCUAGUAAGACUUUACAAUUAUCUACAAUAGAUCCCAGCAAAUCGACGAUAGUAAUUAAACUACCUCAAUACUUGGAAAAAGACUGGUCUUGUAAUGUAGAUAUUAGUCCGGAUCCACAAGAAUUUUCAGUUUGGUCCUUUGAGUCUUUUGACAGUGCACAAAAAGUAGUCAUGGAUUUAGGAAUUCAUUCAUCAUUCAAACAUGGAUCAGUAAUAAUGGCUCUUUACUGUCCAUUUUGGAUGCUAAAUAAGACUGGAUUAAUGCUGUCUUACAGAAAAUCAAGUAAAGCUGGAAAAACCCACUCGAGUCCAUGCAAGAGUCAAGAGGAUCAUCUAAACGUUUUAUAUCAUCCGGAACACUUUAAAGGACCAAUUCUUUUUUCAUUCAAGUCGAAAGCGUUUUUUGGAAAAAAGAAGGCAAUGGUUCGUGUGGAAGAUGGUGAAUGGUCUGAAAAGUUUUCUAUCGAUGUUGCCGGAAGUAAAGGAGUUGUUUUGUGUAAAUACAAUGAUAGAAUUUACCAGAUUGGUGUACAUAAUCAAUUGACGUACAACUCUUUAACAAAACAAAUUACCUUUACUCCGUAUUAUGUUCUUAUAAACAAUUCGAGCUUUCUUAUCGAAUGUCAGGAAGGUGAUCGACCAGCUGAUCCUGUGAUUUCUAUACCGUCUGGUGAAUGUACUGCUCUCUGGCCUCGGUCGGAGCAAGAAAAGAAAACCCUGAGAGCAAAUGUGUCUGGACAUCCCGAAAAAACAGCACCUUUUCUUUACACAAAUGUUCAUACCACUUUAUUAAAAUUGAACAAUAAGUUUGGAGGAAUAAACGUGGACAUUCAAAUCAAUGAAGGUGGAAUUUACAUUUCAUUAUCAGCAUACAAUCAUGGAAAUGCUCCAGCAUUAAUCAUGAAUCACACAAGUCAUACAAUUAAUAUUUGGGAAAAAGGUUCCAUGAACGUCAGAUCGAUUCAAUCUUUCAAUCAAAUGUUUUAUACUUGGGAAAAUCCGGUGGGAUCGAGAUUAUUGUUGUGGGAAGAUGGCAACAAACGAGAAAUAGAAGAUGAUCUCAGAAAGGACAAUUUGGGAACAUUUAAAAUACCAGACAUCGAUGAAGAAGUCUAUUAUGUCUCAUUCCUUGAUGGCACACAGCGAAUUCUUUUGUUCACGACAAGUUUAAAAGUGGCUGAAGAUUGUCAGCUGGCUGGUGAUCUUGAAGUAAUAGAUCGAGAUGUCACUUUAAGUAUUCAUGGAGUUGGAUUAUCACUUGUAAACAAUGUCACAAGAUCAGAACUUUUGUACAUGUGUAUUGCAAGUUCCGGAAUUAUUUGGGAGAAUCGAAAAACCGUUGGUGGUCGCUGGCGUGCUUUAGAUUCACGAGAAGUUGGUCUUAUUGAAGAGGGAUAUCAACGGUAUAUUAAAGAGGUUCAAGUUGAUAAGGAAGCACACUAUCGAGUGAUGCUCGAACCAAAAUUGGAGGUCGAUUAUCUGAAUAUGGAGAUGUUGAGACCGAAUCGACGAUACAUGCGGCGAACUUUCCAAACUGGUUUAUGGAUUCAGUAUCGCACUUCAAGUCAUCAAGUUCAUUUACACGCGAAAAUUAAUAAACUUCAAAUUGACAAUCAACUUUCCGAGUGUAUUUUCCCUGUUAUUUUGGCACCGGUUCCACCACCUAAGAGUGUUACUCAAAGUACAGUAAUGAAACCAUUUGCUGAAUUGAGUAUUGUGAAACAAUUAUUAGAACACAGUUCAGUUCAGCAAUUCAGAUAUUUUAAAGUUCUUAUUCAAGAAUUCCACGUCAAAGUGGAUAUCGCAUUUAUGAACGCUUUGUCUGCCUUGUUCGUCGCUGAUGAAGCUAAUGAAUCACAAGAGAGUGAACUCUUCCAGACUGACAUGAAACUAGUAGACGAACCGCUUAUGUAUCAUGUAAAUUUGAUCACAACUGCUGAGCAAAAGAACUUCUUUGAUUUGCUUCAUUUUUCACCAUUGAAGAUACACAUCAGUUUUUCAAUGUCUGGAAGUAGUGGCGAAUCAUCUGGAGUGCCUCAAGUUCUAAAUGUCUUGCUUCAAGGAAUUGGAGUAACUUUAACAGAUAUAAACGAUAUUGUUUUCAAAUUGGCCUAUUUUGAGAGAGAUUAUGUAUUCAUGACACAUAAACAAUUAAUAUCAGAGGCAACAAAUCAUUAUGUGGGACAAACAAUUAAACAGGCCUACGUUUUAAUUUUGGGUCUCGACGUUAUUGGAAAUCCUUAUGGACUUGUCGUUGGUACAAUGAAAGGAAUUGAAGAUUUAUUCUACGAGCCUUUCCAAGGAGCAAUUCAAGGACCUGGAGAAUUUGCUGAGGGUUUGUUCCUUGGAGUUAGAAGCAUGCUUGGACACACUGUCGGUGGAAUGGCUGGUGCUGUUUCUAAAAUCACAGGAGCAAUGGGCAAAGGACUCGCUGCUUUGACAUUCGACAAGGAUUAUCAAAGAAAGAGACAGGAACAACUCAAUAAACAACCGGCUAAUCUUCAGGAAGGUCUUGCACAAAGUGGCAAAGGAUUAUUUAUGGGCGUGUUUGAUGGUGUGACUGGCGUGGUGACGAAACCAAUAUCCGGUGCAAGAGAAGAAGGUGUUGAGGGUUUCUUUAAAGGUUUCGGAAAAGGAGUCGUUGGUCUUGUUACCAGACCAACCGCUGGUGUUGUUGAUUUUGCAAGUGGAUCUUUUGGAGCUGUUAGACGCGCAACUGAAUUAAAUGAAGAAGCAAAACGUGUUAGACCUCCCAGAUUUUUCCAGCAUGACAAUCUUGUUAGGCCCUACAUUCGAAUUGAAGCCGAGGGCAAUAAAAUUCUUUCUGAAUUGGAAAAAGGAAAGUAUGCAAAUACUGAUAUUUACUUCUAUCAUUUGUAUAUAAACAAAGAUCUUGUUCUUUUGACGGAUAAAAGAAUAUUAUACUUAGAACGAAACGACAUCUUUGGAGGUUGGAAGGUUGAUUGGUCAUACACAUGGCAAGAGAUUAGUGAAUUAACUUCCAUAGCAGAAAGAGGUGUUCAACUUUGUAUUAAGGAUACAAAGAAAAAGAAGUUGGGAAAAUUAUUUGGCAACGGUGAUCAUAUAAAACUUCUUCUUAUUCCUGAUUAUCAGUUGAGACAAGUUCUCUGUUCAAAAAUUCAUGAGCAAAUUCGACAAAAUGAAGUCUAAUUUCUACUUUAAAGUGAAUGCAACUCCAGACAAUGAAAGCAACGAAGUUAUGUAAAAAAAAAAAAUCAAGUAUGUAUGGCUUUUUCUAAUACAGCAAUUAUUUCUUCCGAAGUUACCAAAAAAAAAAUCUAACGAUGGCACAAUAUCAAAGUAAGUUAAUUUAAAAUAAGUUAUAUAUUACAAAUUCGUGCUAAGAGUACGUACUUUUAAGUACCAAAGUAUAAAAAAAGUACUUUUGUUAAUUUAAAGAAAAUUUUUUUGCUGAUUAUACGUCAAGAUGUUUAUAAACAAUUGAAUUUACAUUGUAAAAAAAUGAAUACAAUUUUUGAAUUAAUUUACAA